CCCUGUGGUGGCGCACCGGAACCGCUCCUUGUCAACAAACAUUACACUCCCGGUGCUACUCACCUGGGCUGCCAGGAUGAGCCUCCAAACGACGCCCCGAAGGCUUGCGCCGCCUCGGUCCUCCCAUACGCUCACAAGUGUUGCGUCUUCCCCCGCCCUGUCGCUCUCGCAGUCGCAGUCUACAGCAGUAGCGCGUAAGGCCAGUCUGAACGCUCUUGUUGGCAAACCUACCACCCCCACCAGCACCAUGGGCGCCGACAGCUCCGAACUCGAGGUUGGCGACUUGGUGGACGUGCCGGGAGCCAUGACUGGCGUUGUCAAAUUCGUCGGCAGCGUGCGCGGCAAGCCUGGUGUGUUCGCUGGUGUUGAGCUCAGCAGACAGUUUGCAACGCGCGGGAAGAACGAUGGCGAUGUCGAGGGCACGAGCUACUUCCGAACCUCAGUGCCUGGCUCUGGGAUAUUCUUACCGAUACAUCGAGCGAAGAAACGAGCGACUUCCGGCUCUGACCUGUCCCCAACUCCCACCACUCCGUCGUAUGGCAGCAAGUUCAGCGCGUCGGCACGCGAAAGGCCAAACUUCAGCGCCUCGAUGCGCGGAAAACCAGACUUCAGCGCCUCGACUCGUCAACGACCAGAGCAUAGUCCCGAGACGCCCUCGAUACCCAAAUUCUCUCAGUCUCUAGGUCCGGGUGCCCGCGCGCCCAGCCCGCAGUUCAAACAACCUGGCAGACCCUCACUGCCGCGCCCAGAGUCGCCGUUCCGCAAGCAGCCCAAUCUUGCGCCUACACCCAGUAGAGCUGGCUCCAUCACGCCAUCGGGUUUCUCUAAGAGCGCUAUCGGUCCACCAAGGUUCAAUAGCCCUGGGCCCAGGACCGCUGCGUUUCAAAAGCCACGGACGCCAGGUCCACCUCGACCUUAUUCCCGCAACAACUCACGCUUAGGCCAUCAUGAUAUAAUCGACGAGGAUGCAGAGACUACACCCACAGCCAACAGAGUCAGCAACUCAACAGCAAGCUCCAAGGGCCGACGGCCUGGCUCGAGUCAAUCCGACGAGGAGGUGACGCGUCUGAGCAAACUCCUUGAGGAACGCGACAAGCAACUGAAAGAACAAGCCGCAUCGCUUGCAGAGAUGGAGUCCAGUCUGGCUGAGAUUCAAAGCAUGCUACCUGAAGAUGGCAUGAGUUUUGGGUCAUCGAGAAACAGUGGAGAGGAAUCGGGCGAUGUGACACAGUUGCGGUCCCUACUUCGCGAAAAGAACGAGAAGAUUGCCAUGCUCACAGCCGAAUUCGAUGCGCAUCGAGCUGAUUUCCGCAGUACCAUUGAUACACUUGAGAUGGCCAGUACCGAGACCGAACGCGUGUACGAACGGAAAGUGGAAGAGUUGCAAGAAGAGCUACGAGAACUGCACUCGAGAGGCGAAGAUGUUGCAACGGUUGCUAUGCAAUUGAAGCAACUCGAAGAACUUGUGCAAGAGCUUGAGGAAGGCUUAGAGGAUGCUAGGAGAGGCGAAGCUGAAGCUCGUGGCGAAGUUGAGUUUCUCCGCGGUGAGGUCGAGCGUGGCCGAUCCGAGUUGCGCCGAGAACGGGAAAAGGCCGCAGCGGCCUUGAAGGGUGCGGGUGCCAUGGUGGAUAGCCCUGCGACCCCUGGAACACGAGAUCUGGAGCAGCGAGACGACGAGAUACGUGGUCUGAAGGCUAUCAUACACUCCUUGAGCUCUGGUCCGGCUGAGGAACAAAAGCGGUCUCCUUUAUCACGUCAAGGAUCAUCCGUCAAUCCUGAAGAACUUCGAAGCGCAAAUGCAAGAGUGGAGACAGUGGAGCGCGAGAAGGAGGAGCUUCGUGGGCUUGUCGAGCGCAAAGCGUUCAGGGAAGAGGAGCUGGAACGGGAGAUUGAGCGACUCAAGGAGCAACUCAGUGCCAAUGCCCAACGCGAGAGUAUCGUUAGCAAUGGCCUUUCGGAGCAUACAGCGAAGGAUGAGAAGCGAUCGUCUGGACGAGAUUCAAAAGGCACCGUGGUGAGCUGGAGAGGCUCACCACAAGCCACUCGCCGCGAUGCUCCGCCAGCACUCGAGCCCAUGACUGAGUCAGCCGACGGCCUCUCGUCUGUUGAUGGCGACAACAUGUGGUGCGGCUUCUGCGAGGAGAGCGGCCACGACAUCCUCAACUGCCCUGCUAUGGGCGGCUCUGAAGUCCCCAAGCCCCUCGCCGGCGCUCGAAACGGCAAAGACGCAGUCAUCGAGGGCCUACGAAAUCUAUCCGUAUCGUCUGACCGACAGCGCUCCUCAGCAGUAACCCCGACCAAAGUGCCUGGCAAUGCGCCAAGUGGCGACCUACCUCCGCCGCCGCCUCUUUUCACCGCGAGCUCGCCCUCGCCAGGCGUCAGUCUUGUUCCUCCCAAGGGUGAAUCCGCACCUGAUCCGGAUAAGUGGUGUGCUCUCUGCGAAAGCGAGGGCCACGAUGUCACGGCCUGUCCUAAUGAAGAUGCGUUUUAGGGGACGCUUUAGCGUAGCUGUAGCCCUUGUCGUCCUUCUUUUGCAUGAUAUCCACGCAGGUUUUGAGCUAGGUUCUUUGGGGCACGAC